AUGACCCCCCGAACCACCCUCCUAGACCCAGUCCAAAGACUAACCCAAGCCCUAACAACCCCAACGCGCUCCCCAAUCUCAACCCUCCUCUCAACCUUCACAACCCAACCAACCCCACUAGCCCACGAGCACGGGCUGCCCCAACUAGCCCCCUUCCUAGGAAGAAGCUUCACUGGCCUGGACGGGGUAGCGCGCUACUUCGAGCUACUAGCCGACCACCUGGCAAUCCACGACAUGGCCUUCGAGCCCGACGAGAGUUGGGUCGUCGACGACACCAAUCAGGCUGUGACGCUGCGCGGCUCCGCCACCUUCGAGUGGAAGGCGACGCGCCAGGCCUGGGAUGAGACCUUCGUGUACCGUGUGGCGCUGGCCGAGGAUGCCAGCUCGGAUCCGCUGAAGCGCGGGUCGUUGCGGGUGUGGGAGUAUCGGGUUUGGGCGGAUUCGGGUGCGGCGUAUCUGGCGAGACUUGGGAGAUUGGGGGAGCUUUUGCAGGCUGGGGCGAGGGAGGGCGGUGGUGGGAGGGCGGGCGUUGAGGGCAUCCAUUUGGAUUAUCAGAUCGAGGUGAGGGAGGCUACGGAGAAGGAGACCAAGAAGAAGAGGGAUGCCGAGGCGGGGAGGGGGGAUGCGACGGAGACGCGCAAGUCGAGGGAUCGCAAGAAGAGUGGGUGUCAGGAUGUGCUGGGGAGUGGGCUGAAUGUGUAUGGGAGCUGUGGGUGA